CUUUGACCAAUGUGAGCCGUAGUGUGUGCGUCGGUCAGUCAAAGUGGCAGCCGAGACAUAGCUCCAAGAUGGGGAAAAAACAGAAAAAAUCUGGAGAGGACAGUGCCAAAGAUGAUGGCGGGGACAUUGAUGCUCUGGCAGCAGAGAUUGAAGGAGCUGGAGCCUCCAAGGAGCAGAAAGGAAAGAAGAAAAAGAAAGGAGCCAAGAAGGAUGACUUUGAUGAGGAUGACAUUCUGAAGGAACUGGAGGAGCUUUCUCUUGAGGCUCAGGGAGGAAAGACAAAGAUCACAGAAACUACAGAAGAAGUGGAGACCCCAGAGCCUCCCAAACCAGAGAAGAAGAAAACAAGAAAGGGGAAAAAAGGGGAAGCCAGUCCUGAAAACGAGGAGGUUGAUGAAGGCCACGUUGAUGAAGAGAAGAAUGGAGAGCAGAAGGACAAGAAGGGGCCUCCUGCAUCUCCUCCGUCUGACUCUGAAGAUGACAACUCCUCACGCUCUCGCCUCAAAACCAAAGGAGGAAAGAAAGGAGGAAAAAAAACAUCAGUGUCCGAUGGAGAGGAGGCCAAAGACAAGGGUGAAGAUGUGAAGAAAGGAAGUGAGGAAGGAGGGAAGGAGGAUGAGUUUGAGGAGGAUGAGGAGUUCACCUCCAGGAGAGACAAGAGGAAGAAGAACAAAGGCAAGGCUGAGAAGUCUGAAGUGGAGCCUGAGGAGGAGGAGGAGGAUGAAGCUGGGGGUUUUAAAAUCAAAACAGCUGCACAGAAGAAGGCGGAGAAGAAAGAGAGGGACAAGAAAAAGAAAGAGGAGGAAAGGAUGAAGCAGAAGAAGCAGAAGGAGAAGGAGUCCACUGUGGAGACUAAAAAAGAACCAGAGAAGACGACAGAGGACACGCCUCCCCUGACUGCACCUCCUGCAGCUGUAGCAGAAGAACAGGAAGAGGCAGAGCCAGCAGCAGAGGAGGAGACUGAGGGUGACAAAAAGAAGAAAGACAAAAAGAAGAAAAAGGGUGAGAAGGAGGAGAAGAAGACAAAGGGUCCCAGUAAGGCUACAGUAAGAGCUAUGCAGGAGCUUCUCGCCAAGAGGAAGGAGGAAGAGGAACGAGCCAGACAAGAGGAAGAAGAGCGACAGAGGAGGCUGGAGGAGCAGGAGAAGCUGAGGCAGGAGCAGGAGCGACUGGAGCAAGAGCGUAAAGAAAAGAAAAAACAGAAGGAGAAGGAGAGGAAGGAGCGACUGAAGAAGGAGGGGAAGCUGCUGACGAAAGCUCAGAGAGAAGCUCGAGCUCGGGCCGAGGCCACACUCAAGCUACUGCAGGCUCAGGGUGUUGAAGUGCCAUCCAAAGACUCAGUGCCAAAGAAGAAGCCGGUUUAUGGAGAUAAGAGGAAGAAGAAGCCUAAUUCUCAAACUCCUGACGAAGCAUCAGAGGUGGCUUCACCAACAUCGGAAACUCCAGAGCCUAUUCCCAUGGAAAGAGAGGUUGAACUACCCACUGCAGAGCCAGAGGUGAAGCCGGAUACUGAUAUAGACAACUGGGAGAAAAUAGCUAGUGACGAGGAGAAAGAGAAGAUCAGGAGACAAAAAGCAGAGUUGAAGAAAGUUCACAUUGAGGUUAAAGAAGAGACAGCUGCUCCUCCUCAGCCAGCAGCCAGUGAGGAGGAGGAGGAGGAGGAGGAAGAUGAGGAGGAGGAGGAGGAAGAGGAGGAGGAGGAGGAGGAUGAGGAUAAGGAAAGCGAGGAAGACGGUGAGGUAGAGAAAGUGUCGGCACAUGCAGGUUUGAGGAAGAGGAGAGAGGUUAGUGAAGACGAAAGCAGCGAGAGCGAGGAGGAAGAUGGAAGGACGAAGGAGGAGCAAGUGUAUGACCGAGCCAAGAGGAGGAUCGAGAAACGCAGAACGGAGAACUUAAAGAACAUCAACUUGGAGCAGCUGAGAGCUCCAGUGGUGUGUGUGCUGGGACACGUCGACACAGGAAAGACCAAGAUCCUCGACAAGCUCAGACACACUCAUGUUCAGGACGGAGAGGCUGGAGGAAUCACUCAGCAGAUCGGAGCCACAAACGUCCCAAAGGAGACUAUUGAAGAGCAGACCAAGAUGGUUAAAAAUUUUGUUAGAGAGAACCUCAAGAUCCCCGGCAUGCUGAUCAUUGACACACCUGGACACGAGUCCUUCAGUAACCUGAGAAACAGAGGCAGCUCUCUGUGUGACAUCGCCAUCCUUGUGGUGGACAUCAUGCAUGGCCUCGAGCCUCAAACGAUUGAAUCCAUCAACCUGCUGAAGGAGAAAAAGUGUCCCUUCAUUGUUGCACUCAACAAGAUUGACCGUCUGUAUGACUGGAAAAAGAGUCCGGACACAGAUGUUGUAGCCACGCUGAAGAAGCAGAAGAAGAACACCAAGGACGAGUUUGAUGAGAGAUCCAAGGCUAUCAUUGUAGAGUUUGCUCAGCAGGGUCUUAAUGCUGCCUUGUUCUACGAGAACAAAGACCCUCGAACGUUUGUGUCAUUGGUUCCCACUUCAGCACAUAGUGGAGACGGGAUGGGAAACCUCAUUGCCCUUUUGGUCGAGCUGACUCAGACCAUGUUGGCCCGCCGGUUGGCACACUGUGACGAGCUGCGAGCUCAGGUCAUGGAGGUGAAAGCUUUGCCCGGCAUGGGGACCACAAUAGACGUCAUUCUGAUCAAUGGUUGUCUGCGGGAGGGGGAGACCAUCAUUGUCCCGGGGGUGGAGGGACCAAUUGUCACACAGAUCAGAGGCUUGCUGCUGCCCCCUCCUCUGAAGGAGCUCCGAGUCAAAAACCAGUAUGAGAAGCACAAAGAGGUGUCAACAUCUCAGGGAGUAAAGAUCCUGGGUAAAGAUCUGGAGAAGGCUCUGGCAGGGCUUCCGCUCCUGGUGGCUCAUAAAGAAGAUGAGAUCCCUGUUUUAAAGGAUGAACUGGUGCGGGAGCUUAAACAGACACUGAGCUGCAUCAAACUGGAGGAGAAAGGAGUUUAUGUUCAGGCAUCCACGCUCGGAUCACUGGAGGCUCUGCUAGAGUUUCUGAGAACGUCCAAAGUCCCUUAUGCUGGUAUCAACAUCGGCCCAGUUCAUAAAAAGGAUGUGAUGAAGGCAUCGACCAUGUUGGAGCAUGAUCCACAGUAUGCUGUAAUCCUGGCGUUCGACGUGAAGGUGGAGAGGGAGAGUCAGGAGAUGGCCGACAGUCUGGGUGUUCGAAUCUUCGCGGCUGAAAUCAUCUAUCACCUUUUUGAUGCGUUCACUAAAUACAGAGAAGACUACAAGAAGGCCAAACAAGAAGAGUUCAAGAACAUCGCCGUGUUUCCUGUAAAGCUGCGCAUUCUUCCUCAGUUCAUCUUUAACUCCAGAGAUCCAAUUGUUAUGGGUGUUUCUGUGGAUGCUGGGGUUCUAAAACAGGGAACUCCACUGUGUGUUCCCAGUAAAGGGUUUGUGGACAUUGGUGUGGUCACCAGCAUUGAGAUGAAUCACAAACCUGUCGAUUCUGCCAAGAAAGGUCAGGAGAUCUGCGUCAAGAUUGAACCCAUUCCCGGAGAGUCACCCAAGAUGUACGGCCGCCACUUUGAAGCCACCGAUAUUAUCGUCAGCAAGAUUACACGAGCAUCCAUUGAUGCCCUGAAGAACUGGUUCCGAGACGAAAUGCAGAAAACUGACUGGCAGCUGAUCAUGGAGCUGAAGAAGACAUUUGAGAUCAUCUGAAGGACCUAAAACAACAACAAACAAAAACACAAUCUUCCUCUGUUAGUAAACAAGGCAGCGGCAGAGAGACAAAAACAAGAAGUGAAAGUGUUUUUCUGUGAGAAACAACAUUUUUUUUUCCCCACUGUUGUAAACAGUGAUAGUUUAGACACAUUUCACACACACACAAACACACUCUCAGUAUUCCAACGUGCCUGUUCUUCAGCAUCAACGUUCUUAUUUUUUCUCUUCUCGGUCUCUGACUUGUGGCUGCCGCUUCAUGUCAAGACUUUGUCCCCUUCCUCCCCAACAACGCUAACGAGGAUGCUGGCAAACAGCUCCGAGCCUCACAGGAGUAAUUACGAGUAUUUCUGGAGUUCUCUUUUUAGAACAGCAGUGGUAACAUCGACUUCACAGACUUUGAAAAGUCGACAUUCACUUUGCUGUGCAGUUUGGCGGCCAUGUUGGAAGGCGGGGUGAUGAGUGACAGAUUUUAAAAUGUUUUUGUUGCAACUGCUGAUGUAAUAAAUUCCCAUGAUUCUAAUAAAACCUGCAGACUGAGAAUUUUUAAUUCACAGUGAAAACCAUUAAAAAUUAACUAUUGUC